AUGAUCCUUUACAGCCACUGGGGCUCAUCAGGGAGGUGCCUCCCGCAGAGCCCCCGCAUCUCCGCCUCAAUGAUGCGAGCGCUGAGCUUGGCCUUUCUGGGGCAUCUAGCUCUCUUGGAGGCCAGCCCUGUGCUCCGGAGUGGUCCAUCCAAGCUGGCUUCCGAGGAGGCAUCGGGAUGGCUGGGCUUCCGCAGUGUCUACACCAAAAUGGAGACCUCCAUUGCUGGACUGUUUGGCGAGGCUCCCCACCAGGAGCACGAUGAAGUGCAGAAGGCCCAAGAGGAUGCCAAGGAGAAGCAUGAUUCUGGAGUCGUGGUAGAGACAAGGGUUCUGUCUAUCAACAACAAGACGUCUGCUGAGAAGCCCAGCAUGAAGACGCUGGAAGCAGAGGGGGAGAAGAGGAACUUCACGGUCCACAUGUUAUCGAACGAUGUGACGCCCGAGAAAUCCUCAGUUCCGAAGGUGAAGAUAGUUCCAGAACCGACCAAGGCUCCCAGCAAAGACGAUUUCGUGGUCCACAUCAAGUCUUUGGAGCGAGUGGAUGGUAAGAAGCCUUUCCGGCGAUCCAAGUCUCAGCGCACCACAACGCCUGCUGCUACGACAACAAAGGACAACGUCCAAAUCAACGUGUGGACAGUUACCGAUGCACCACCUUCCAAAAGCGAAGUGAAGCCUUCGCGUUUAGAGUAUGAUAGCAGUCCAUGGGCCAACGAUUGGGGUGACGAGUGGAAACCGGUGGCGGAUGCUCCCAAGGAGCACCGAGCGAAGGUCACGACGUUACACACGCCCGGUUCAAGCAUGCUCCGGCGUGUUUUAUGUUGGCAGUUUGUCACUGCAUGGGCCAGCCAGCAGCUCUUGGGAUCUCGACCGCAAGUGGCUUUCAAAUACCUGGAAGCUUUGCAACAGGGAUCCUUCAAUUGUUUUGACGGGUCGGCGGUUCUAGAAACCGAUGCUGUGAAUGACGACUUCUGCGAUUGUGCAGACGGAUCCGAUGAACCUGGGACGCCUGCCUGUGCUGGCGUCGGCCUUUUCUAUUGUAGCAACGUAGAGUCCAUCCCCAAGCUCAUCUACUCGUCGCAUGUUGCCGACGGCAUCUGCGAUUGUUGUGAUGGAUCCGACGAGUGGUCUUCAAGUUGCCCGAACACCUGCAGCCUCGAGGGGCCUGUGCUUCGAGCUCAGCAGCAGGCACUGAGAGCAGAUCGCCACCGGGGCCGAGAACUUCGUCGAAGUGGUGAAACGGAGGCGUUGAAGCAGGUUGCAGAAUGGCGAGAGGAACAUGAAGGUUUGAAGAAGCUGCUCGCGAGCGCCGCCAGUGCCAAGCAAUCGAUGGCGCCUUUAGCAGGCGUGGAGACUGUGGCCCCUCAGCUCGGAGCACAGCCCGGAACGAGUGGAAGUCCGGUGGUCUCUGAAUAUGCACGGUGGGCUGUACAAGCUGUCCCGCAGCGUGUCCCCGAGCCUAGCUCAGUCCAGUGCUGGGUGGGAGAGUUUGCAAACGCAAAGGAGGUCUGCUGCGACAGGAGUCAGGGACCCCUUGGAAGGUCACAGUGCUGGGAUGGCGUUUAUACCUUCGCGGCAUGCUGUGGAGAUGAAUCUGGAAAUUCCGAUGAUGCAAAGCUGCAGCGUGUAUACGAGCAAGAUGCCGAAGAGGCAGCGAGACAAUCUCGCAAACUGAAAGGUAGGCUUUUUGCCAUCGAAAGGAAGCUGGCGGCGGUGGAGAGCGGCCUCCGAUGGUUCUCCUUGGUAGAACAAUGUGUGGAGAGACGGUUCUUGAGCAAGGACUUCAAACUCUGCUUCUUCCAGGAUGCGCGACAAGGAUCCGUCCACGUUGGCAGUUUCGAUGGCUGGGAGGGCAAGGCCAUGCUGUACACUGGAGGCCAGCGCUGUCCAGCUGGUCCGGCACGUUCCAUGAAAGUCUGGCUGACUUGCGCUGGAGAAGUGGGGUUGCUGGAUGUUUCAGAGGUCUCGCUCUGCACCUACGAGGCCGUCGCAGGGACGCCUGGAGCUUGUGAGGUGGACCUCGAUCCUGGGGAUGACGAACUGGUUCUCAUGCCACACGAUGAGGAAAAAAAUGCUUCUUGCAGAGCGAAGUUUGGGGCUCCUGUUCAGUUCCUCCCGUUGCCGUACCAAUGCCCACGUCACGUCGCAUUUCAGCUUCAAGGAGCCCGACAUGGACCAAGCUGCGCUCAAAGCUCCAAGAGUGCAUGA